AUGGUGAAGGUCUGUGUGAACGGAUUUGGCCAUAUUGGGUACCUGGUUACCAGGGCUACUUUCUCUGCAUCUGGCAAAGUGGACAUUGUUGCCACCUACAACCUCUUCAUUGACCUCAACUACAUGGUCUACAUGUUCCAGUAUGACUCUAUCCAUGGCAAAUUCAAUGUCACAGUCAAGACUGAGAAUGGGAAACUUGCAUCCAAGGGCCCUCUAAAGGGCAUCCUGGGCUACACUGAGGACCAGGUUUUCUCCUGCAACUUCAUCAGCAACUCCCACUCUUCCACCUUUGUUGCUGGGACUGGCAUUGCUUUCAAUGACUACUUUGUAAAGCUCAUUUCCUGGUAUGACAAUGAAUAUGGCUAUAGUAACCAGGUGGUUGAUGUCAUGGCCUACAUGGCCUCCAAGGAGUAA